CGGCGAACAGGAAGUUUCACAUGCGUGAUUCACGUUGAAAGGUUUUGCUGCAACACACACUUUACAAACAUGUUUGUACUAUUUUAUCAACAAAUCUAUUAAUGUCCAGGUACCUUUAAGACCCCUAGAUGUCUGAGUCUGAUCUUCAGCCCUCUCCCUCCGCCCCCACCCUCUCCAUUCCUCCCAUCCACUCCUCCCCCACCCCAUCUGUUCUGCUCAACACCGGGGCCAGGAUGCCUCUCCUGGGGCUGGGUACCUACCGGCUCCGCGGCCCUGAUGAUAUCCUCCAGGCCGUCGACGCCGCGCUCUCCACCGGCUACCGCUCAUUUGACACGGCCUCUGUCUACCGGAACGAGGCUGACCUGGGUCGAGCACUGCGACUCCUCCUACCCAAACACGGCCUCUCCCGAGCGGACGUCUUCAUCACCAGCAAGCUGGGCCCCAAGGACCAGGGCUCCAGAGCCAGGGAAGGAGCUCUGAGGAGUCUAGAACUGCUGGAUCUAGACUAUAUAGAUCUAUACUUGAUCCACUGGCCAGGGACCCAGGGGCUGGGGGUGGGAGACAAGAGGAACCCAGAGAAUAGAGCUCAGAGCUGGGCAGUGUUAGAGGAGCUCCACGCCCAGGGGAAGCUGAGGGCCAUAGGGGUGUCCAACUACACCCCAGGACAUAUGAAGGAGCUACUGGAGGGGUGUUGUGUCACCCCCGCCGUAAUACAGGUAGAGUUCCAUCCCCGUCUGUCCCAGGGGGAGAUGAGGCAUCUGUGUGGGGAGAAAGGUGUCUGUUUCCAGGCUUACUCCUCCCUGGGGACUGGCUCUCUCCUCCAGGACCCUUUAGUGGUCCAGAUUGCACAGGGAUAUGGCCUGACCACUGCACAGGUUCUGCUCAGGUGGGCGGUACAGCAGGGAGUUCCCGUCCUACCCAAGUCAUCUCACCCCACCAGGGUAGCAGAGAACGGCUGUGUGUUUGACUUUGAGCUGACUGCUGAAGAUAUGGAGAGGCUGGGGGGGAUGGACUGUGGACAGAAAUACUGUUGGGACCCUUCACAGGUAGCCUGAGGUAGAAGGAUAACCCAGUGGAUGAGAUGGGGCCUGUAGCCCAAAGACUGCUGGUUUGAAUUCCUUGACGUUAGCCUGAAGGUACAUACGCACUCACUGGCUGGAUCAUUAUGAAGAUAUCAAUGUAACAUAUCAACAGAACUUGAGUUUCCCACUGAGAUUCUUGAACUAAGAGUUGAUUUCUUUAUGCGACACACAAAGACCUCUGAGGAAGAUUAUGAUACCAAGAUCAAUGCUAUUAUUUUUCAUGUGAUAUUUGUUACAAAUGAUUAAAAUCUGUAUUCAUUUGAUCGUUUCACUGUAAAUAUUGUCCUCGUAUCAAGUGACGAUUUUAUUUAAUAAGUCAGUGUGUGUAUAUACAUUUUAAUAACAUGCACAAUAAAAAAAAUGAAAAAGACCUA